GCACACUGGACAAAUGAAACCUCCUCUUUUCGCGUCUGCCUAACAUUCCGCCUCGUAGGCCAGUCUCAGAGGGUCAUUCCUUCGAGCUUCUGGAACUUCAUAUAUUCGAGAUGUCCCAUAUUCGUCUAGACACUUUUCGGAGAUAUCGGCACCAAUUUGUUUCUUUCAUGGACUUGGCAACUCCAAAUACAUCCUCAAUUCGACUUCUGACUCCUCGUUCUCGUAACCAAUUUGUUUUGUAGCCAUCAACAAGAGAUUUUUAAUGCUGUGAGGGAAUGUAAAAGAGUUCUAUACAGAAGGGCAUUCGUUUCUAUGCAAAUCUAUUCAUACCAAUCACCAACGGCCAAUUGAGGAGUACCGUGCCCUAGACCCCAGCAAUAUCUCCUCGUAUUCGACCUUAUAGAUUGUUGUAUUGUUCAAGAAGGAAACUCAUGACAACUGUCGUACGAAAGAUGCACCGGACGGAGGCUGGUCCGUCUGAAAAUGCCCCCACAGUCAGAACUCGCAAGUCAAAUGGAAAAUCAAGGCUAGGCUGUAUGUCUUGUAAGCAAAAGCGAAUCAAGUGCGACGAACAACGACCGAAGUGUACCAAAUGCAAAGUAUCGUCUCAAGCAUGCGUCUACCCCACGAAUGAUGUGCCCAAGUGGAAAAGCUCCGUCAACACUUUCUCACUACCCUCCGCGGCGGAAUUCAGCUCUCCUUCAACUACAUCAGCUACAUCAGUAGCUUCGAUGCAAGGCGAUUUUGGCUAUACAUCAACGCCAUCUCCUCCAUACUCAAAUUUUGGCGAACAGUCACCUCUCGAGUACGACAACUCAUUCUUCAACAACUUCGAUAUCCUAGGUCAUGGACUUUCCCCUAUGCCACUGGAGCAAUCUCAGCUGUUUGAAACACAGGAUGUCUUACUAUUGAUGCAUUUUACAUCGACGACCAGUCUUGAUCUGAUUGGGCCACAACAGCUUUGGACUGAGGAUGCCAUGCAGCUUGCAUUCCAGCAUAGCUUCCUCAUGCACGCAAUUCUUACACUCUCAGCACGCCAUCUUCAAAAGGCUCCCUGCUCUCUGACGAGUGGUCCAGAACCAGAUUACAAACUCCUCGAACAAUACCACCACCACGAAGCUCUCACAGCCUUCCAUGCUGACUUCCACAAUAACGCACAAUCAAAUCAAGACGCCGUACUAGCCACGUCUUUUCUCCUCAGCUUCCAUGCAUGCUCCGUCCUAGACUUCAAACUAGUUAUCCCCGCCCAAGACAGUUCCCUCACAUUCCUCCGAUAUAUUCCGUCAGUACUGGCCGAUCGUCCAGACACAACGCAAAAUGGCCGCUUCCAAGUCCUUGUCGAACCAAGGCUCUUCUUGCCCCAUGUCACCCCAAGUAUGGGACCUGGCGCACAAUUCAUGAGCCUUCUCAAUCACCUCCCACAAGAUUCGCCUGCCCUUGUACACCGCGAUAUCUACGUCGAGCGCAUCGAGUCGCUCACCCUCUAUCUCUCAACGUCCACCUCUAAAGAUCUCCAGCCUAGUGUGCUGGAAGAACUACUUUCGUGUUUCUUGCGGUGGCAAUCUCUCUGUCCUAGUGAGUUCAUCGACCUAAUUGGGGAACUUGACGGCAUUGCGCUCGUCAUAUUGGCGCAUUACUAUGCUGCUGCCGCAUACUUGUUGUCAAGGAAUAGAGGGAAAUGGUGGUGGUGGCAUGAAAAGCCUGGAUACAUGGUGGGUACGAUUGGAGAUUAUCUCGGGAGGGAGUGGGAACAUUGGAUGCAGUGGCCGAGAGGCAUGAUUCAAAGAGUGGGUAAUCUUUCUUCACAUUGACGAAUAAUAAUUCUUUCGCAAUAACGCAAUAUAACGAAUAAUACCGAUUAUAAACUCCAAAAUCGCCACAGUCCCUCUAUUUUUGUGUUUU